CCCAGCUUCAUCGUCCGUUUCGAAGGCCAUUUAUUGCUUCGUCGCUGGUAUUUAACUAUUCUUUAAACACAUAUAUCGUCCAACUGCGCACGGCCUUACUUCGACAUCCACACAUUCUCCAUCAUGCAGGCUGCACAGCAGUCCUGGGAACUCGAAAAUGCAGUCAAACUUGCCGAUCCCCACCGCGACGCACUCUACGCCUACUCUGAAGAAACUCACAAGGCACUCUCGGCAUCUCGACCCUGGUCCAAAGACCCACACUACUUCAAGCACAUCCGAAUCUCAGCCGUCGCACUCCUGAAGAUGGUCAUGCACGCACGCUCCGGCGGCUCCCUCGAAGUAAUGGGCUUGAUGCAGGGGUAUAUCCUACCAGAGACGUUCGUGGUAACGGAUGCAUUCCGCCUCCCCGUCGAGGGGACAGAGACGCGAGUCAACGCCCAAGACGAAGCAAACGAGUACAUGGUUUCUUAUCUUCAGUCAUGCCGGGAAGCAGGACGCAUGGAGAAUGCAGUGGGCUGGUACCACUCCCAUCCAGGCUACGGGUGUUGGCUAUCUGGGAUCGACGUGGCGACGCAGGAUAUGCAGCAGCUCAGCGGGCCGUUUGUGGCUGUCGUCAUCGACCCCGAGCGGACCAUUUCGACAGGGAAGGUGGAUAUCGGUGCCUUUCGCACGUUUCCUAAGGGAUACACGCCUCCCAAAGAUAGGGCGGAUAACGGAAAUGUUGAUGGCGCUGACGAGGGUGCCAGUGGUGAUGGGUACCAGGCUAUUCCGCUUAGCAAGGCAGAGGAUUUUGGGGCGUAUGCAUCACAGUACUAUUCGCUUGAUGUGUCACAUUUCAAGAGCUCAUUGGAUACGGAUCUGCUUUCGCUGCUGUGGAAUAAAUACUGGGUUGCUACGCUCAGUCAGAGUCCGUUAUUUACCACUCGUGACUACGGAAGCAGACAAAUAAUGGAUUUGAGCCAGAAGGUCCGUCGUGCGGCGAAGGGGCUAGAGAGUGCAGGCCCGAGAGGCGGAGGAAGCGCUACCAAGGACCAGCAGUUGGAUAAAAUAGUGAGAGAGGGUCAGCACAUCGUCUCAGAAGAGGUAAAGGGCCUGGUGGCUGCCCAGGUGAAGAUGAACCUAUUUCAGGGUAUUGGAGAAAGGAACAAAGUGGAGACAUAG